AUUUAUUUAUCUAAGUAGAUUUAUGGAAUAAACUGUGUUGGGGUUUUUUGACCAUUUAUGUAAUUUAUGUUCUUUGAAAAGAAUAGUAUCAUACAUUAAAGACGGAUUAUGCAAUGAAAGGUGUGCAAAAACCAUGCAGAGAAUGAUGACUUUAACUCAGCUUUUAUUCUGUGCAAUUGUACACAAGGUUUUAAGUUUUGAAUGUGAUAUAUCGCACAAUGUCUGUGAAACAUUUCUAAAUAUAGAACACCGCCUGACCAUGAUGCAUCCUACAGAAAAAGCCGUUUAUCCAAAAAAAGGAAAACUUUAUAAAUAUGACGUCACUAACACGAUUGAUGCCACACAAAUAACAUUAGAUGACGUAAUUACAGCAGACGGAUGGGAAACUGCUCGUUUGGUUGUAGUAGCAAAUGGGACAAUGCCAGGUCCUCCAAUUAUUGUCUAUGAAGGUCAAACCGUUAUUAUUCAUGUAACAAACCAUUUGAAAUCUGAAGAUGUUACAAUUCAUUGGCAUGGACUUCCACAAUUAGGAAGUCCCUUUAUGGAUGGUGUGCCUUUUCUUUCUCAGUGUCCAAUAUCCGCAGGUCAAACAUUUAUUUAUAAAUUUAUAGCAUCACAUAAAGGAACCUACUGGUAUCAUUCUCAUGUCGGAUCUCAAAGGUCAAAAGGACUGUUUGGUGCGUUUAUAAUUAGGGAAAGAAAACCUGUUGAAAUUGAGGAACAUAUCUUAACAAUUCAGGAGUGGAAUCAUGAUUGGGACUCUGACAUGGAAGACGCUAGAAUGGUGUUUGGUGGAUACGACAACCGUGAGAAAUUUCAGGUGUCAAGAUCUUUAGAUGGACAAUUUUUCAGUUUACUAAAAGCUCAUUCUGGAUUGAUUAAUGGAAAAGGACGAUUCUGGGAUCCUCAUAAAAAUACUCACAAUGAAGCUCCUCUUGAAAUAUUUACUGUCAAAAACGGAACCAAAUACAGAUUUCGAAUAAUUGGAGUUGGUGCUCUAUAUCCUUGGACCAUAUCAGUAGACAGUCAUAAAAUAGCUGUUGUGGCAUCUGAUGGUUUUGAUGUAGAACCACAGAUGGCCGAUUCUGUAAUUAUUAAUGCCGGUGAGAGGUAUGACGUCAUCAUUGUCGCUGAUCAACCAGUAGGAAAUUAUUGGAUAAGAGCAAAAACUCUAGAAUCGAACCGUAAUACAUCUGUUGAAGCUAUACUCCAUUACCAGGGGGCUUCAGAUACCGAACCGUCAUCAACUCCACGUAACUGUACAGAUGUCGAUAAAUGUUUGGUAGUAAAUUGCUUUUUCACAUAUUAUCCACAUAAUGAAUUUACAUUAUGUUUACCUGUUGACCAGUUAAAACAAAAUUCCGACAACGAUCAGGCACCUAAAGUAGUUCAAGGUAAAUUUAAAGAAUUUUUCUUAAAUUUUGCUUUUCCCGGAGACACAUUUACCCCGGGAUCUGUGAAUGGCAGAAGAUUCAUUUCGCCAACGACAACAGCACUGACAAAUCCAAAGGAUAUGGACUAUCCAUGUGAUAAAAGUGAUUGUGACGAACAAAAAAUUUGCACUUGUACAUAUUCAUUAAAUCUUAAAUAUGGAGAUACCGUCCAAAUGGUAUUUCUCAAUAUGGGCAGCGGGAAAGGGUGGGCACAUCCAAUUCAUAUGCAUGGGCAUACUUUUUAUGUACUGAAAAUGGGAUAUGCACAAUACGACAACAGAACUGGAGAAAUGAUUGGAGAAAAUGAAGAUAUAGAUUGCAGAGGUGGUGUAGCCAAGAACGAAAGUUUUUGUAACGAUGCCACAUGGAGCAAUCCAUCAUGGGUUGAUGGUAAUAUACCGGAGCUAGAAUUGAAGAAACCAGUACGCAAGGAUACUAUUAUUGUGCCAAGUGGGGGAUAUGUUGUAACACGUAUAGUUGCCGAUAAUCCAGGAGUUUGGUUUAUGCAUUGUCAUAUUGAACUUCAUGCUAAUGAUGGGAUGGCAAUCCUUAUUAAUGAAUCUUAUGCUAAUCAUCCAUCUCCGCCAAUCAAUUUUCCACGCUGUCAUAGUUAUUAAGAAUAUGAUUCAACGAUUACAAAAAGACAACAAGAUGAUGGAAACUUUGAUAUCAAUGAUCUCUAUACAGAAAGAAAUUAUUGGAUAAUGUUUGGUGUUCUAUGUGCAGUGAUAGUAUUGCAGUUUAUCAUUAUAUUGUGGAAAUGUUGUUGUGAACGAUCAAAGGACAAACCUGAAAAAUCAUAUGACAUAAAUGGUCAUUUAAAUUCUGGUUUUACUUCGAAAAUAUAAUAAUUAUUGUUAUACCAUUCUUAAAUCUACUUUAACUAGCAAUUAAUUUCGCAUAUCACUAACAAUUUGAUAGUGUGCAGUAUUGAUAGCGAUUUUAGUUAUAACACAAAUUUGGUUUUCAUAGCUAUUUGUUAACCUCUGCAAAGACCAAUUAUAUUAUGCAAAACGGGUUGCAACUACUUAUAACUCGAUUUCUCAAGAACUAAAAAAAAAAACUCUUCGUGGUUGAAUUUUACUUUUUAAUUUGAAGUGUACAUAUAUAUCAUUCGACGAAAUCUGUACCUGAAAUUUGACAUUGUAGAUAUAUUAUUGUUACUUCCAAGUGUUUUUUAUUUAAAAUCUCGAAGCAUUUCUCUUACUCUGGAACAUCCGUCUGGUUGUGCGGAUAUGGCAUAUUAAUGGUUUGAUCGCAGGCUAUAAUGAUUCAACAAGGCAUUAUUUCAAUUCAUACUGAACAUAAAUGUUAUCAAAGCAGACACGAGUCUCCAUCUUGAGUAUACGUUAAUGCACCUUUUGUUAAAACACGUUCAAUCGUGUUUUCAAUUCGUGUAGGUUUUCUUUGUAAAAAGCCUAAAUGAAUUUGCACCUACUUCUGAUCAUUAUGUACAUUAUGUAAGAGACUUGACAGUUACCAGGGUUUUCCCAAAUUUGUAAUGUAAAUAGGUAUUGAUUUAUAGAAUACCUUAUGUUAAGUACAUUUAUAAAUCUCUCACAAUUGUGUUAAAUAGAUUUAUAUUUUCAUCUUGGUUUUUGCUUACGUAAGUAUGCGCUUUUGGUGGUACUAAUUACAGUUUAUUAAAAAAAACAUACAAGGAUUUCAAUCCUUAUUUAGUGUAAUAUAUAUAUACAUAUAUAGAUGAUAGACAUGAUUAUUCAGAUAUGUCUACCUAUGUGUAGUGACAACUGAAAAUUAUACCUUGUCCAUCGGAUUUCUUAUCAAUUAAGAAAUACAAGGCGUUAGAAUAUUCAUGAAGUGCCUAGAAAAUCAACCUAACAAUGUUAUAGUAGAUCUAAUUCUUUACUUCCUCCCCGAUCCUGGCUGGAACCUGUACUUUUACUUCUCACUUCUACGGCAACACCGCCUAGUUGGUCGAGUUGUCUAGGGCACUGGAAACAAUGCAGGCGGUGUUGCCACGAUCUCACAGAAGUUCGAAUUCCGCUGAGGGAAGAACAAACAUUUGAUUACGCUAAUUUGCAGAUCUAACAUUGUUGGGCUAAGUUUGAGACAAAGUAUAAAAUUGCCUAACAAUUUAAUUUUAACACACUAUUUAGUAUGUAAAUAUUGAAAUGUUAAAUAUAAUUACAAUGCGAUAAAAAUAAACGCAAUAUUUCGCUAGACAAACCAGCUUCAUCGAGCGUGCAUCUAUCUAGGUGAAAUCGGAUGCAAAUAAGAAACUUUUGCAGCUCAUUGUACAUUGAAUUUUGCUGCUUAAUAAAUAAAUUUUGAAUUUGGAUGAA